AUGGAUAACCGUGGCAAUGCCAUCUUUUCCUUUAUGUUUGAUGAUGAUUCAGAUGAUGAAGAACAUCAUCAGAGAGUGAUAGAAGCCAUUGUCCACCAUACUUCAUUGGAGAAUGAAGUCGCCAAACAUGGUGGGUUGGUAGUCGGUCGUGUGUACAAGAACCGUGAGAGGGAAGAUCGCCAUUGCAAUCUCAUGUCUGACUACUUCAUUGAAAGGUCACAUUUUAGUACUACUGACUUUCGUAGGCGGUUCGGAAUGCGAAAAGAGUUGUUUUAA